GAGAGUUGGUCGGCGGACGCCGGAAGUAGUUCGUCGCUCCGUAGCGGCCGAAGGGGCGGGCUUGCGGGCUGGGGGCUUCUCGGCUGCUUUCGGCUUGCUCGGCGGCGCAAGAUGGCGGACAUCUCCCUGGAUGAACUCAUCAGGAAGCGCGGGGCUGCGGCGAAAGGACGGCUUAAUGCCAGACCGGGAGUUGGAGGUGUCCGAUCUCGAGUUGGGAUUCAGCAAGGCCUUCUCAGCCAGUCAGCACGCACAGCCACCUUCCAGCAAAGAUUUGAUGCCCGGCAGAAGAUUGGCCUCUCAGAUGCCCGGCUGAAACUAGGAGUCAAGGAUGCUCGGGAGAAGCUUUUGCAGAAAGAUGCCCGGUUUCGGAUCAAAGGGAAAGUACAGGAUGCCAGAGAGAUGUUGAACUCUCGCAAGCAGCAGACCACGGUGCCCCAGAAGCCGCGUCAGGUCGCUGAUGCCCGGGAGAAGAUCAGCUUGAAGAGGAGUUCCCCUGCUGCCUUCAUGAACCCACCUGUUGGGACAGUGACUCCUGCCCUGAAGCUCACCAAAACCAUUCAGGUUCCACAGCAGAAAGCCAUGGCACCACUUCAUCCCCAUCCUGCUGGAAUGAGAAUCAAUGUUGUCAAUAACCACCAGGCCAAACAGAAUUUAUAUGAUCUGGAUGAAGAAGAUGAUGGUAUAGCUUCUGUUCCUACUAAACAGAUGAAGUUUGCAGCCUCAGGUGGCUUUCUCCACCACACGGCUGGGCUAAGCAGUUCCAAGCUUUCCAUGUCCAAGGCCCUCCCUCUUACCAAAGUGGUUCAGAAUGAUGCAUACACAGCUCCUGCUCUCCCCUCCUCUAUUCGAACAAAAGCCUUGACCAACAUGUCCCGGACACUGGUGAACAAGGAAGAACCCCCCAAAGAGCUGCCACCUGCUGAGCCUGUCCUCAGCCCAUUGGAAGGCACCAAGAUGACUGUGAAUAAUCUGCACCCUCGAGUCACUGAGGAGGACAUUGUUGAGCUUUUCUGUGUGUGUGGAGCCCUCAAGCGAGCUCGGCUGGUCCAUCCUGGGGUAGCAGAGGUGGUGUUUGUGAAGAAGGACGAUGCCAUCACUGCAUAUAAGAAGUACAACAACCGGUGUCUGGACGGGCAGCCGAUGAAGUGCAACCUUCACAUGAAUGGGAACGUUAUCACCUCAGACCAGCCUAUCUUGCUGCGGCUGAGUGACAGCCCCUCAGUGAAAAAGGAGAGCGAGCUGCCCCGCAGGGUGAACUCUGCCUCCUCCUCCAACCCCCCUGCCGAAGUGGACCCUGACACCAUCCUGAAGGCGCUCUUCAAGUCCUCAGGGGCGUCUGUGACCACGCAGCCCACAGAAUUCAAAAUCAAGCUUUGAGCAGGGGAGUGAGGCAGCCAGAAGUGGGGGCAGAGGAGGGUGGCUCUGUUUCCCCAAGACAAAGCUUGUGACCAAUGGGCCAUCGGACUGGAGACCCCUGAGCGUGGGCAGGGUCGCUGGGGUAAAGCGCUUCCUCACUGGAUGGGACCCGCCUUUCUGUGUUGUGUUCUGCCCUGUGCUCUUCUCUGUUAAUGUUUCCUGUAGUAUGUUUCUUCUCCAUCUCAUCACCAAGGUAGGCUUGUUUUUCUCAGAGCGUGCCUCUCCCAGCCUCAGCCCCAAGUGGAUUUUUUAUUUGGAAAUGGUACACUAAAUUCUCUGGGUGGCUUUCUUGUGGCCCCAUAGGAUGCAGGGCAGGGGCUGUGUGAAGGACCCUGGUUUUUCCAGGGGCCACGGGGCUGCCUUUCCUUUGUGUACGUUAAGCUUUUCAAAUAACACGGGAUGGAAAAACCUGCCAUCCUGAUAGGAACCAGGUCGGCCUGAGAGCUGUGUCACUCUUCUGCCUGGUCAGUGGAGAUGCCUGGGUGGGGAGCAGUUCUCAGGCCUCUAGUCCCCUCUGCAUUAGCUCCAGGCCUCACUAGUGGCAGGAGCAGGAUGAAGCUGCACCUCUGGGAAGACUCUGUCCAGGAGCGUGCUUGGCUUGGAGGCCCACACUGCCUCUGCCCAGAGGUUGUUCUCCAGAGUUCACCUUGCCCUUGAGUUGUGCUGAAUGCCCCACCCCAGGUCUUUUUUCCUUCUGGGUGUCACUGCUGGGAGGGGAGGUUGUGUUGUGAGCCCUCCCGGUUCUCACCUAGCCUGGCAGGUAUCACACCCUCAUUUUGGUGCAGCUGCCAGCUCUCCUCUGGUUGGGCCUUUCAAAGGCUCCACCUCCCAUUAUGCAACACAGCGGGGCUGGGGCUUAUUUGAAUGCAAGAGGUCAGUUUGCUCCUGGCUCUCCAUUUCUAGCUUCACUUGUCUACAGGACCAGUGGUCAGGGAUGCCCAGAGGCAUAUAUCUAGCUGCCACCCAGCGUUCCCACUUUUGGGAGUGACCCAUCCGUCCAUGACCAGUGGGAUAUUUUUCUGCCUUGGCAGAGGAGGAGGAGUCAAGGGAACAGGGCAACUCUAUGAGGCAAGCUGUUUCCCCAGCGUAGGUGCCGGCAGUGGGCACACAGCUAUAGAGCCCAAGGGCCAUCCCAGAAUUACCAGGCCGGUGUUGCCUCUGGUGUCACUGAGUGGUCCCCUGCUGGUUUGUUGGAACUGAAGGGAAUCCAGGUUGGUAGAGUGGAGCCAGUUGGAGAGCAGGAUUCUCAGAGCUCUGCAGAAUCAGUUGCAAGUGCUGGGAAAGGUGCAUGCUGGAGACAGAGUGCCCGAGACUUGCUUGAGGCUAGCCCAGUGAAGAAGAACCCAGAAACUAUGUUUCCAGAGGUCAGUCUGUCAGGCAGGAAGGACCCAGGGUUUGAACCCAGCUUCAAUCCUCAGGCUUGCCCAGGCCAGGAAAGGCCAAGGAAGGGGCCUGGUGGUGCUCCACUUCCAGUUCUUUAAAGAUGCUGCUUUUUAUUCUCUUAAUCCCUUCAAGUGGGUGCAGACUGACUUCUAGUUAGCAGCUGGAAGACAUUCCUCCUACACUUUACCUUUUCUGGCCCAAGAGAGCACCCAGAAGGCAGUAGGACCUGGUUUUUCAGGUACUGGGAACGGGGCUCACUGCUUGGACUUUGCUUAGGGUUGGGACAGUAAAUAUCCUGCCACGGGGCUUUACCCCCCCCUCUAAUCCCAAAGCUGAUAUAUUCUGGUUGUCACAGUUUCGUUGAGCCCAGCUGCAGCCAUCUGGAGCUGGUGCUGUAGGUGAUCUUCUGGUACAUUGAGGGGACCUGUUUGCCUCCUCCACCGUAUAAGCUGUCACCUUGGGAGACAGGGAAGAGAAGGUGGUGGGCCAGUCCUGUGUCCUCCUCCACCUCCACUUCCCAUGCCCCUGUGUUACCAAUCUAUGUUUCUUGUACAAAAAGAGAGGAAGAGGCAUUAAGGGAUGAAGGGUGAUUAUGUACUACUUAUCCAUUUCUGAAUAAACGUUUGUUAUUCCUA